GCAAAAGUUCGUAGCUGCCAAAAGGAAAAUUUCCAACAAAAACAAUCCACAUCCUGUGUUUCUGCUAUGGGACGUGGUGGUAAACGAAGUUGGUACAAUGGCGAUCGCCGGGAAGCCAAAAGAAACCGUGUAAACUCUGCUCAGUACGAUGAAAAACGACCGGAGCACUUGGUCGUAGGUGAGAAGAAACCAAAACGUAAAGCUGCUUGUCUUGUAGGAUACUGCGGUACUGGUUAUCAUGGCAUGCAAUUGAACCCUCCUAGUAAAACUAUUGAAGGAGAUCUAUUCGACGCAUUUGUCAAGGCCGGUGCAGUGUCUUCUUACAAUUCGGACGAUCCAAAGAAAGUCGCCUUAGCUCGUGCUGCACGUACUGACAAGGGCGUUCAUGCUGCGGGGAAUGUAAUUACCCUAAAACUGAUUAUGGAAGAUGAGCAAUUGAUCGAGAAAGUCAAUCAACAUCUUCCUCCUUCUAUCCGUGUUUGGGAUGUUAUCCGUACAAUUAACUCCUUUAAUCCUAGAACGUACUGCGAAUCUCGUAUAUAUGAGUACCUAAUCCCUACUUAUGCUUUUGUUCCCCCGAAGCCCACUUCUGUAUUAGGUCAGUGCAUUUCCAAAAACUCUCCUAUGCCAAAGGAACCUAUUGAUGAAAACGACAUCAAUCAGCUGAGCCGUAAGAUAUUCUAUGAAGAGGGAAAGGAGUUUUGGGACAAGUACAAGGAAAUGGAAGAUACUAUCAUGGAGGCAUAUAAUGCAGACCCCGAGAAUUUUGUUAAUCCUUUCUCAAAAAAAGCUGCCGCAGCUGCCGCUUCUGAAGAGAGUGCUCAAGAAUCUAACCCUGUAAAUACACCUGAUAAUGAAGUCAGCACAGAAGAGCACGAAAAGAAAGAUGCAACGGAUGGAGAGACCCCGGUACCAACAUCAGAGGGAAACCAGUCUGAUACCUCUACUCCCAAAAGUGAUCCAGCUUUGAGACUUGAACGUGCUCUAAAAAAUGCAGAAAUGCAGCUACUUAAGGAGUAUCGAAUUUCUCAAAACAGAUUACGAGUUAUUCGAGAAACCCUAGAUUGUUACGUUGGAAAUCACAACUUCCACAACUUUACCGUUGGACAAGCAUUCCAUCAAAAAAAUAGUAACCGGUUGAUACGCUCUUUUAAGGCAUCUGACCCAAUGAUAAUCGGCAAUACCGAGUGGAUUUCCUUAAAGGUUCAUGGUCAGUCCUUUAUGUUACAUCAAAUCCGAAAGAUGAUAGCUUUGGCGGUUUUGAUGGUUCGUACUGGGUGUAACUUGAACCGCAUUCAAGAUGCAUUUAAAAAGACAAAAGUAAAUAUUCCUAAAGGUCCUGGAUUCGGUCUUUUAUUAGAAUCUCCUUUCUUCAAAGGUUAUAAUGAGCACAAGGCUCCAGAGAACGAUCGAGAUCCUAUUGACUUUUUGAAGUACAGUGAAAGCAUAGAAAAGUUCAAACACGCUCAUAUUUACGAUAAAAUUUUCCUAGAGGAAAGCCGAAAACAAGUUUUCCAUUGCUUUUUGACCUUUAUAGACAGCUAUAAAGAAAUUGACUUUCAGUACCUUUCGGAUAUUGGCAUCACUGCUGAAGAAGAAAAGGUCGCUGAAAACGGACUACCAGAUGAAUUGUCUAGUGAAGACGAGGAUGAUGCGAAGACCAAUAAGGACGAAUUGGAAGGAUAAGCUCUUUAGCAGCUUCCCAACUUAGAAUAUAUUAAGUGGGUACAUUGGAGUUUUUGGGGAUCUAUUUUUGGUUAAUUUUAGAUAAUAGAUGUUUAAUUGAAAAUUUAUAAUUACAAUGAGGAAAAGAAUAGAGGAAUCAUACAGCUAAAUAGUACAGUAC